GUAGGAAGAAGACUCUAAGGCAGAGGUGGUGGUGCGGGGUUGGGACGGUCCUGAGCUGAGUGGCCAGCACAGCAAGCCUAGGCUGGGUGGGGCGGGCUGCUGGGACAUGUCAGCCAGGAGUGCAAAGGGAAAGGUCCUGCUACCAGUUCCUGUCCCGGGAAUUAAGACACCGCACAGUAGCUAUUGUGUCUGAUAGCUUCUCUCUGGGCAUACGUCCAGAUGCCUCGGCCUGCCCCUGGACCUGAUGAGGAAGUCAUGGGCUCGCCACAGUCCUUGCCCUGUCAGUCCCUUAAGAGGAAGAGAGGAAUCGACCUCCCGGCAGAUACAGUGGAGGGACUACGCAACAUUAUCGGCAUGGACAAGCCUCUCUCGCUCCCAGACUUCCUGGCCAAGUUCGAUUACUACAUGCCUGCCAUCGCGGGCUGCAGGGAGGCCAUCAAGAGAAUCGCCUAUGAAUUUGUGGAGAUGAAGGCAAAGGAAGGCGUGGUGUACGUGGAAGUUCGCUACAGCCCACACCUGCUGGCCAACUCCAAAGUGGACCCAAUCCCCUGGAACCAGGCCGAAGGAGACCUCACCCCUGAUGAGGUUGUGGAUCUUGUAAACCAGGGCCUGCAGGAGGGAGAGCAAGCAUUCGGCAUCAAGGUCCGGUCCAUCUUGUGCUGCAUGCGCCACCAGCCCAGCUGGUCCCCUGAGGUGUUGGAGCUGUGUAAGAAGUACCAUCAGAAGACCGUGGUGGCUAUGGACUUGGCUGGGGAUGAGACCAUUGAAGGAAGCAGCCUUUUCCCGGGCCACGUGGAAGCCUACGAGGGUGCAGUGAAGGAUGGCAUUCACCGGACUGUCCAUGCUGGAGAGGUGGGCUCUGCUGAGGUGGUGCGAGAGGCUGUGGACAUACUCAAGACAGAGAGAGUGGGGCACGGCUACCACACAAUAGAGGAUGAAGCCCUCUACAACAGGCUACUGAAAGAAAACAUGCACUUUGAGGUCUGCCCCUGGUCCAGCUACCUCACUGGCGCCUGGAAUCCCAAAACGACGCAUGCAGUUGUUCGCUUCAAAGAUGAUCAGGCCAACUACUCCCUCAACUCGGACGACCCCCUCAUCUUCAAGUCCACCGUGGACACUGACUACCAGAUGGUGAAAAAAGACAUGGGCUUCACUGAAGAGGAGUUCAAGAGACUGAACAUCAAUGCGGCGAAGUCAAGCUUCCUCCCAGAGGACGAGAAGAAGGAACUUCUGGAACGGCUCUACAAGGAAUACCAAUAGCCACCACAGGCUGAUGGGCAGGCCCCCUGAAGAUGGCAAGGCCGCUUCUCCGAGCCUCAUCCUGUGAAUGGAGUCUUUACAACUCUGACAUACUGACCUUCCUUCCUUCCUUCCUUCAAGACCUUGAAGUGGCCAGGUCUGUCCUCUGAUUGGAUGUCUUGGCUAGGCCCAGGGACCUUGACAAUCAUGGGCAUGAAUGUGAAACCUUCCUUUCUAAAGCUAAAAAUACGGUGUUCAAUAAAGCAGCUGGUGACUGGGAA